CCGCCAUCUUGGCGCGCGCGCGGGCUUCCCUCCCGGGCCGCCCACUGGAGUGCGCUGUGUUCCGCUUCCCGUGGCAUCCCGCGGAGGUAACCCGCGGCCCGGGUUCUGCCAGGUCGGUUCAGCAGGCCUCCCCAUCGCCGUGAUGCCCUGCGUGCAGCUGCCCGCCAAGGAGAGCGCCCUCUUCAAGCGCGUGCUGAAAUGUUACGAACAGAAGCAGUACAAAAAUGGCCUCAAGUUUUGCAAGAUGAUUCUUUCGAACCCAAAAUUCGCUGAACAUGGAGAGACUUUGGCUAUGAAAGGAUUAACAUUGAACUGUUUGGGAAAAAGAGAAGAAGCAUAUGAAUUUGUUCGUAAAGGACUUCGCAGUGACGUCAGAAGUCAUGUCUGUUGGCAUGUAUACGGACUCCUGCAACGUUCUGAUAAGAAGUAUGAUGAAGCUAUUAAGUGCUACCGAAAUGCCCUCAAAUUAGAUAAAGAUAAUUUGCAAAUCUUGAGGGAUCUCUCUCUAUUGCAGAUUCAGAUGAGAGAUCUUGAAGGUUAUCGAGAGACAAGAUACCAACUUCUUCAGUUGCGUCCGACACAGCGUGCUUCUUGGAUUGGAUAUGCCAUCGCUUAUCAUUUGCUAAAAGAUUAUGAUACAGCACUAAAACUAUUAGAAGAAUUUAGACAAACGCAGCAAGUUCCUCCCAACAAAAUAGCUUAUGAAUAUAGCGAACUGUUACUAUAUCAGAAUCAAGUGAUGAGAGAGGCAAAUUUAUUUCAGGAAUCUUUGGAACAUAUAGAAACAUAUGAGAAGCUGAUAUGUGAUAAACUUUUGGUGGAAGAAAUUAAGGGGGAAAUGCUGUUGAAAUUGGGAAGACUAGAAGAAGCCAGUGAAGUGUUCAAAAACUUGAUUGAUUGGAAUGCAGAAAAUUGGUGUUAUUAUGAAGGCUUGGAAAAGGCAUUGCAACUCCGUUCUUUAGACGCGAGGCUUCAGAUUUAUGAAGAAAUCAGUAAGCAGCACCCCAGAGCAGUUUCCCCGAGAAGAUUACCACUGAAUUUUGUCCCAGGUAAAAAAUUUCGAGAACUCAUGGAUAAGUUCCUGAGGUCAAACUUUAGCAAAGGGUGUCCACCUCUGUUCACUACUUUGAAAUCUUUAUAUUGUAAUACAGAAAAGGUUUCAAUAAUCCAGGAACUUGUUACUAAUUAUGAAGCUUCUCUUAAAAUGAAUGGCUUUUUUAGCCCUUACGAGAAUGGGGAGAAGGAGCCUCCAACAACUCUAAUCUGGGUCCAGUAUUUCCUGGCACAGCAUUUUGAUAAACUUGGACAGUAUUUUCUGGCUUUGGAAUAUAUUAAUGCUGUGAUUGCUACUACUCCAACUCUAAUAGAAUUAUUCUACAUGAAAGCAAAAAUUUACAAGCACAUGGGUAAUCUCAAGGAAGCUGCACAGUGGAUGGAUGAAGCACAGUCUUUGGACACAGCCGAUAGAUUCAUCAAUUCCAAAUGUGCCAAAUACAUGCUUCGAGCAAAUAUGAUAAAAGAAGCAGAGGAAAUGUGCUCCAGGUUCACAAGGGAUGGAGCAUCUGCCAUGGAGAAUCUAAAUGAAAUGCAGUGUAUGUGGUUUGAGACGGAGUGCAUUUCUGCCUAUCAGCGCCUGGGGAGAUACGGGGAUGCCUUGAAAAAGUGCCAUGAAGUAGAAAGGCAUUUUCUUGAGAUAACCGAUGAUCAGUUUGACUUCCAUACAUACUGCAUGAGAAAGAUGACCCUCCGUGCUUAUGUUGACCUCUUGAGAUUAGAAGAUACUCUCAGAAGACAUACUUUUUAUUUCAAGGCUGCUAGAUCAGCAAUUGAAAUAUAUUUGAAAUUACAUGAUAACCCUUUAACCAAUGACAGCAAACAACAAGACAUAAAUUCAGAAAACCUGUCAGCCAAAGAACUGAAGAAAAUGCUUAGCAAGCAGAGAAGAGCUCAGAAAAAGGCUAAGAUAGAGGAAGAGAGAAAGCACACAGAAAGGGACCGUCAACAGAAAAACCAAAAGAAAAAAAGAGAAGAAGAAGAAGAAGUUACCAGUGGUCAUAAGCAAGAACUUAUUCCUGAAAAACUAGAAAGGGUCGGCAAUCCACUAGAAGAAGCCAUUAAGUUCCUCACUCCUCUAAAAUCCCUUGCUGCUGAUAACAUUCAUACCCACCUGCUGGCCUUUGAAAUAUAUUUUAGAAAAGGGAAGUUUUUGCUAAUGUUGCAGUCUGUUAAACGAGCCUUUGCCAUUGACAGUAAUAAUCCUUGGUUACAUGAGUGCUUGAUUAAAUUUUCUAAAUCUGUAUCUAAUCACAGUAAUCUUCCAGACAUUGUGAGCAAAGUUCUAGCUCAAGAAAUGAAGAAGAUAUUUGUCAACAAAGAUUUGCACAACUUUAAUGAGGAUUUUCUCAGGCACAAUGCUACCUCUCUUCAGCAUCUACUUUCAGGUGCUAAAAUGAUGUAUUUUCUGGACAAAUCAAGGCAAGAGAAAGCAAUUGCUACAGCUACUAGGUUGGAUGAAACUAUAAAAAAUAAAAAUGUGAAGACUCUAAUAAAGGUUUCUGAGGCACUCCUGGAUGGCAGCUUUGGGAACUGUAGCUCCCAGUAUGAAGAGUAUAGGAAGGCCUGCCAUAACCUGUUUCCACUUACACCAGCUUUCCUGCCUGCUGUGAGUGAAGCCCUUGGUCUCAGCACUGAACUGAACCACACAGCUGACCACAAGCUCUUAAUGAAUGAAGUUUGAAUCUUGUGGGAAGAUGCUCCUAUAGACUCAAAGCCGAAUUCACAUCAGGGUUUCUUUUUCACUGUACAUUUUAAACUGGUAUGAAAUAAAAUAUUUGGAUAGAAGUUUUAAAUGGAAUAUUGUGUAAGCUUGUUUUAUGCUGUGUCUGGCCUUCAAUUUACAUAGACGUCUGUUACAAUUACUUGCUUAUACUUGUACAGUCGUACACUCCUGAAUUAUGAGUGCUGUUGCUUCUGUUUUAUAUACGUCAGUUGCUGAUUAAGGUAUAGACAGCCCUCUGAUGCUAUUUUCUUCAGGUCAUAGUUUCAGAAUCUGUUUGACCGCUUGUUUAUUUGAUUAUUUUGAAGGAUUAACUGAAUGUUAAGAAAUAGCCAUAUUUUCCAUUUUGGUAGAUAGUGUGAUCUGUUCCCUUUUUACCUUCACUUGUAUGAUUAUUUCCUUUGUCAUAGCCAUAAAAGUGAUACUUUAUGGUUGGACAAGGAUACACCAGUGUUGUGUUGAUGACUCAGAAUGUGAAAACUGGCUUGCCUCUUAAUCAUGUAAAUUUCACCAUUAAAUUUGUUGUGUAUCUAUUCUAGUCUUACACACUAGUGUGUAGGAAUUGUGUUUUCUUGGUUGAGUUGCUUAGAGAGUAUGCAAGUAGCUUACCCUGAGAAGUUUUCUUCAAGGGAGGAUGAUUUGGCAGAGUACAAAUUAAAACCCAGCACUAUCUCCCUCACAACCAUUCAGUGAAUGUUUAGAUCUCUCAGAUGAGACCUUAAACUGUAAUUAAACUAUUAAAUUAUAGUGCUGUUGAACAGUAUUGGGGGGAGCCCUUUUUGCCGUAUCUUAUAUAAUGGAAUCACUCUAUUUCUCAGUGUCAAUAUGUCUGUACAUCUAUCUGAUAUAAGCCCAGAAAGAUUUUUAUUUAGACAGUUCUAAUUAAAGUGGUUUUCCUUUAUUUCUUUGGUUUCAUAGUUGUUGAAGGGGAAAAAAGGAUCACUGUAAAAUAAUCUAGACAAUGCUACAAUAAAUUAUUUCAUACAGA